GGCUGAUCCCGGGAACCGGGGCGAGGCGGGUACCCGGUGCGUCCCCGCAUCGGGGAGGCCAGGCCGGGCAGCCCUGGGGCCGGUCGGGCGGCGUCACCGCACCCUCCGCCAGGCCCCGCGGGAUGCACCGUGGGAGCCGAGGGCGGAGGCGACACUCUCAGGUAAAUUGGCAAGAUGAGGAGCAGCAAGUCAAAAGAGGUGCCUUUACUAAAUCCAAGGAGCUCUCAAAGCAGGGAGACUGUUCAAGAUAUAACCACACCGUGGGAUGCACUUUCUCAGACCAAGGCUGCUCUGAGGCACAUUGAGAACAAAUUAGAAGUAACCCCUACAAGUACAGCUGUAAUCGAUUCUGUGAUGGAUGCUAAGAAGUCUGCAAGUGCUACCCGAAAAAUAAGUAGGAAAGACGGUAGAUAUCUAGAUGAUUCUUGGGCCAGUGCUCCAGCUUCCAAAACUUGUAAGCCACGGAAAGAGAAAUCUCGUAGUCCCCUCAGGGCUACUACCCUCGAAAGUAAUGUUAAGAAAAACAACCGUGUGGAGUUCCGUGAACCUUUGGUUUCUUACAGGGAAACCCAUGGUACACCUCUCAGCUUCAGCCCCAGUCAUCUGGAGUCAAAGCUUGUCUAUUGUGUUCAUGAGGAAAAGGCUGAGAAUGGGAAGCAAAUAGCUGGUAGUCAGGACGACCGGAGUGUCCAUUGCUGUGAUUUGGAGAGCUCUCAACCAUCUGUCAUCAGUGAUACAGUUGUCAGAUUUUUAAAUGAUGGACCAGCAAUUGAUGCAUUGUACAGUUCUGAAUGUUUAACUAAAAUGGGAGUACCUGUAAGAACUGAGGAAGAAAUGCCUAACAAAACAAAAGGAAGUGAGAACAAUUCAAAGUCUUUUCUUAAUAACAUUGGACAUGAAAGUGAUCCAAAAGUGUUGCUGCUGUCUGACUCUUCUCCAUCCUCUAUUAGUGCCUGUAAUUCCCAAAGAUUAGAUAUUUCAAAGCGGCGACAACAUGAUAUUAAACUGGAAAAACUUAAGGAGCGGAUUAGGAAACAGUGGGAACACUCAGAAGAAAUAAAUGGCCAGGCCCAGACUCUAGGUCAUAUUGACCAUCCAGUCAUGGUUGUUAAUGUUGAUAACUCAGUGACAACAAAAGUCAGAAAAGUGGCAACAGCACCACCAGCUCCUGCAUAUAAAGGUUUCAACCCUUCAGAGACCAAGAUUCGCACUCCUGAUGGAAAAGUGUGGCAGGAGGCUGAGUUCCAAAACAUGAGCAGAGAACUGUAUCGAGACUUAGCACUUCAGUUGGCAGAUGACACCUCUGUAAAGGAGAAACCUGCUGAAAAGAGUAAAGAGAAGAAAGUGGUCAAACCAGUACGAAAAAUCCAAAAAGUAACACAGUUCACAAAUCCAGAAUGCAAAACAGGUAAUAGUCGUUUGAUAAGUACAUCUUCUUGGCGAGAUGGACAAAAGUUAGUAAAGAAGAUUCUGGGACCUGCACCCAAGAUGGAGCAAAAAGAGCGAAGACCAACAUCGAGUGACAGAAGUGGACGAGAAAGGAUGGCUAAGUGUGGGGGCCACAUUGGAAGAGCAGAAUCUGAUCCCAAGUUGGAUGUUUCACACAAACAUCUUCCACGAAGCUCAGAACGGUCAAGAAGUAGAGCUCGCCCUGAAAAUAGUGCAUUGAAGUCAGCACCAUCCCUUCCAGACAAUAAGCAGGAGGAAAAUGCUGCCUUAAACAAGGAUUUUUUGCCAGUUGAAAUUCGUGGCAUUCUUGACGAUUUACAGCUGGAUUCUUCAGCUCAGACUGUGAGGCAAGAGAUUGCAGAGUUACAGAAUCAGAAGUCAUCAGCACCCGUGCAAGUGCCCCGGAGUCACAGCCCAGUGAAAAGAAAGCCUGACAAAAUAACAGCUAAUGAGGACCCACCUGUGAUUUCCAAAAAGCGCCACUACGAUACAGAUGAAGUACGGCAGUACAUUGUUAGACAGCAGGAGGAGAGGAGGAGGAAGCAAAGCGAGGAGAAGAAGGCUCAAAAGGAGGCCACAGAGCAGAAGAAUAAACGAUUACAGGAGCUCUACCGGAGACAGAGAGAAGCCUUCGCUAAAGCUAAGUCUGUGCCUCCCGAUCCAUCGGCCUCUAGGCGGCUGCAGGAAACUUACUCCAAAUUGCUACUAGAAAAGACGUUGCUGGAAGAGCCACCUCAUCAGCAUGUUACACAGGAAACACAGGCCAAACCUGGGUAUCAACCAUCUGGAGAAUCUGAUAAGGAAAACAAAGUACAGGAACGUCCCCCAAGUGCAUCUUCCAGCAGUGACCUGUCCCUGUCAGAGCCUCCACAGCCUCUUGCAAGAAGAGACUUGAUGGAACCUACGUGGAUGCAGCCUGACAGGUUGAGCCCGCGGAUUCACAGUUCACAAGCACAGCCCCUUGUUGGAACAGCUGAAAAUUUGCUCUCUCAUCUCUUGCAUCUUGAGCAUGUAGGAAUUUUGCCCAAGGACUAUGACUCUGUUUUACCAGCCAAGAAGAGUCAUAAUAAGGCUUCAGGACCGUUAACUUUCACACCUCAACCAUAUCUGACCUCACAAGCUCCUCAUCCAGAUGCCUUGUUAAAACCUAGUACCAGCCAAUAUAAGAGUAAACUGGAUCGUAUUGAAGCCUUGAAAGCUACAGCUGCUUCUCUGUCCAGCAGGAUUGAAAGUGAAGCUAAGAAACUAGCUGGGGCCAGCAUUAACUAUGGGUCAGUGUGGAACGUUGAGUACGAUGUGAAGCAAGCACCUCAAGAGAAUGGACCUUGGACUAAAGCCAUCAGUCCACCCAUAAAAGAGGAUAUUGAAGAUGUCUUCUCUGCCCGGAUUCAGAAGAUGCUGGGAACCUGUGUAUCUCAUGCAACUUUCGAUGAUGAUCUUCCUGGUGUAGGCAGCCUUAGUGAAUAUAAAAAACUUCCUGAGAUGAUCAGACCCCAGAGUGCCAUAUCAAGCUUCAGAAUGAAAUCCCCUAGUCCUAAACCAGGAGGGCUGCUGGCACAGUUGUGUAGGAGGCAGACCGAUUCUUCCAGCUCUGAUAUACAAGCCUGUUCUCAAGAAAGAGCCAAAAGGUCUCUUUGUUCUAGCAUAGACUCAGUCAGUGAAGGGCCUCUUCUUAGUGACGGGAGUCUCUCUGAGGAAGAAGGCGGGCAGGAUGCACGGUCCUUAUUGAAGGUAGCGGAAAUCUUAAAGGAAAAAGAAUUCUGUGCUGGAGAGAGAAAUUCUUAUGAACCUAUCAAAGAGUUUCAAAAAGAAGCUGAGAAAUUCUUGCCACUUACGGGGCACAUAGGUGGUACACAAAGCAAAGGACCAUGGGAAGAACUGGCAAAAGGAAGUCCACACAGUGUCAUUAAUAUUUUUACCAAGUCAUAUCAGUUAUAUGGAAAAGUGUUUGAAGACAGGGGAACACCGGCAUCACAGCCUUUGAAUGCCACCAUAACUCCACUCAGCAGUGUUUCCUAUGAAGAUGAUUUUGUCUCCUCGCCAGGAAGUGGGACACUGACAGAAAAAAAAUCAAAUCUUGAAUCUCAAAUUGGUGGUAGCAACUUAGGCAUUCAGGAGGACCAUUCUAGCAGAAAGUCUGCCCAUGAUCUUUACUCUAUGGAUGCUACCUCUCAGCAUUCAUCAGGAGCUCUGUCUGCUGUGUCAUCUCGGUCAUCUGCUUCUAAAGGAAAGAAAGGAAAAAAGGAAAAGAUGGAAUGGUUGGAUUCUCUCACUGGAAAUGCUCAGAACUCACUUAGUGAUGAGGGAAAAGUUCAGUCUGACUCAGAACGUGGUUACCAUCAAGGAAAGAAACUUGGGCCUGCCAGCAGACUUGCCCCUAGGGACUAUGAACAGACUCUGAACACUGAGAACACUUUGGAAGAACUUUCUGGGCAUUCUGUGAGUGGCUCAUCAGACAAGGGAAGAUCUCAGAAGGCUCCAACUUCUCCCCUGUCUCCAAGUUCACAGAAAUUGUUACAGUUUGACCUUCCUGGGACUUCUUUAGAAAGAUCUAAGUCCUCGGUCAUAGUACCUCCAGCCACAUCUGGAUUCACACCUGCUGCAGCUUUCACUGAUGUGAAUAAAACAGAGAUGGCUUCAACACCAGGUUCUAAGCGUUUUUCUCCUGCUGGCCUCCAGCACCGCAUGGCCGCAGAACUCAGUUACCUGAGUGCCAUUGAGGAGUCUGUGCGCCAGUUGUCAGAUGUGGAGAGAGUUAGAGGCAUUUCACUUGCUCAACAGGAGAGUGUGUCUCUGGCUCAGAUCAUAAAGGCACAACAGCAGCGUCAUGAAAGAGAUUUGGCCUUAUUGAAACUAAAAGCUGAACAGGAAGCUCUGGAGUGCCAGAGACAGUUAGAAGAAACCCGGAACAAAACAGUUCAGGUCCACACAGAAUCAUUACAGCAGGUGGUUAAAUCACAAAGAGAAGUGACUGAAGUCCUCCAGGAAGCAACUUGUAAAAUAGCAGCUCAGCAAACAGAGACUGCUCGCCUCACUACAGAUGCAGCUCGGCAGAUCUGUGAGAUGGCAGAACUGACUCGAACACACAUCUCAGAUGCCAUCAAUGCUUCUGGAAUUCCCCUAGCCACACUGUAUGACCACAAACGGCAGCAUCUUCCAGAAUUUAUGAAACACCUAAGGACCAAAGCUGAAACAGAUAAGAUUGGUCAGUCUGUUUCACUCUCCCAGAGUAAAGAAGGUGCUCUGGACACAAAGUGUCUGAAGUACUCCCCUUCACGUGGUAGUUAUUCUGAGUCAUCAAGACAUAAGAGUCAUGAUCGAAGAAGUAGUAGUGGUAGCAGCUGUCAAGAAAGCCCUUCAGUUCCAUCUUGUAAGGAAAAUGAGAAGAAAUUUCAUGGUGAAAAGAUGGAGAGUUCAGUUGAUGAACAGCUUCAGACAGCUGCAGAUGAUUCUUUACGAAGUGAUAGUAUUCCGUCUCUUCCUGAUGAGAAAGACUCAACUUCUAUUGCAACAGAAUACUCCCUGAAAUUUGAUGAAUCUAUGACAGAAGAUGAAAUAGAGGAAAAGUCAUUUCGAUCUUUACUUCCUUCUGAGAGUCAUCGCAGAUUUAACAUGGAAAAGAAGAGAGGUCAUCAUGAUGACUCAGAUGAAGACGCUUCCCCAGACAAGACUGCCUUGUCUUCUGCCAAGGAGCUGAGCAUGCCAUUCUCAGGAGGACAGGAUAGCUUUUCUAAGUUCACUAUGGAGAUGGUGCGACAGUAUAUGAAGGAAGAGGAGAUGCGCGCAGCUCACCAGUCCUCGCUUCUGCGCCUUCGAGAAAAGGCCUUAAAGGAGAAGACAAAGGCGGAAUUAGCCUGGCUAGAACAUCAGAAAAAACAUCUACGAGACAAAGGAGAGGAUGAUAAGAUGCCCCCCCUCCGGAAGAAACAGAGAGGUUUGUUGCUAAGGCUGCAGCAGGAAAAGGCAGAAAUAAAACGUCUUCAAGAAGCCAAUAAGGCAGCUCGGAAGGAGAGGCAACUGAUUCUUAAGCAGCAGGAAGAGAUAGAAAGAAUCCGGCAGACCACCAUAAAACUACAGGAGAAGUUGAAGUCUGCAGGGGAAAAUAAAUUGGGUUCUCAUAGUGAGGAAGAUGUGAAGGAUAAUAAGGCAGCUAGUCCUGAUCCAGCUGGUUUGGAGACCCGUAGUCCUUCCCCAGUAUCUAUCUCCAGCAGUGAAACCAGUAGCAUCAUGCAGAAACUAAAGAACAUGAGAAGCCGCAUGGAUGAAAAGUUUCUGACCAAGCGAGAACAAAAGCUAAUGCAGCGACGACAGCAUGCAGAAGAGCUCCUGGAAUGGAAGCGGCGUUUAGAUGCAGAAGAAGCAGAAAUUCAGCAAAUGGAAAAGCAAGCUUUGGCUGCCUGGGACAAAGAACUAAUAAAACCCAAAACUACUAAGAAAGAACUAGAGAGCCAGAAAACAGAGCAGAAAGGAAUGGCGAGUGAAGAGGGAUCUCCACUGCCUUCCUACUCUUCCCGGAACAGUGGAAGUUGUAUUCCAGAAGAAUUGGGCAGCCCUUCUGAUCUGUGUAUGCCAUCUGAGUCUAUGGUGCAGGCACAGCCCAGAAGUCCAGAUCAUAGCAUACUUACUGAGGAAAUGGCUUUUUCACAGGAAAUGGAAUCUACCUCUCCGAGUAAACAUUCACCUCCCAAAAGUUGCUUAUCUCUGUCAAAGCAAGAGUCUAGCAAAGUAGGUCGUAGGACUGAAGGACACUGUCAUCUGCCUGUCAAGUCUUACCAGCCCUGUUAUAGUUGGUCAGAUGAGUCACUGUCUAUGACACAGUCAGAAACUACAUCUGACCAGAGUGACAUUGAGGGGAGGAUCCGUGCUCUGAAGGCUGAGCUGAGGAAGAGAAAGUCCGUUGUGGAGCAGCUAAAGAAGGAGCAGAGGAAGCGGCAGAAGGAAAGGCUAAAAGCCCAGGAGGCCAGUCUGCUCAGACAGCUGGAGACUUAUGAUGAAUUCAUUAAGAAAACUGAAGGUGAGCUCAGCCAAGAUUUGGACACAUCCCCAACAUCCAAACUUCCAAUUAAAACUCUCUCCUCUGUCUCCGAGAAACCCAGAAUCAAGCCUCAUCCACUGCACAGAUCUGAGACAGCAAAAACUUGGAAAUCUGUAACAGAGUCAGAGCGUUCCAGAGGAUCCUUGGCAUCCAUUGCUGAACAUGUUGAUUCUUCAUUAUCAUGUUCUGAGAGAGCCAUAUCAGAAAGGUCACUAUCUGCAUAUGCAAAGAGAGUGGUUGAGUUGGACAACAGGAUAGAAGAACACUUGCAGACCUCAUCUCCAGUUCUGUCAUCGAGAAAAACGCAGACAGAAUCAGUAGACUCUCUUGAAAGUGCACCUUCACUAUCUCCUCUCAAGGAGUUAAAUGCGGCUAGUAGGAUCUAUGAUGUGUCAGAGGCUAAGGCUGAAGAAUCUAGUCAAAAAUCAGAAAUACAAGAAAUAGAAUACACAAAACUGGAGAAGAGUGAGGUGGAAGAUGCCUGUUCUGAGCGCUCGGGGGGAUCUGAAGUCUUACUAAAACUAGAUCUGGCCUCUGAAAUCCUUUCAAAUAAAGAGCUUCCUUCAGACUCUGCAAAUGCUCAGAAAGACUUAGUUAAACCAACCACUGAAAUUUCUCAUGAAAAAGAGGAAACAUUGAAAGAGAAUCAGUCCAAUCAAAGUACAGAUCACAGUCAAGACAUCCAGUCAGUAAGAGAGAUCCAUGAACAAAAAUGCAGAGAGAAAGGGGACUCAGCCUUGUCAGGACACCUUUCUGUUUCUAAAGAAUCAUCCUAUUCUGAAGAUUUUGAAGUGUCUUCUUUCAAGAAAGGGAUUUCUGCUGAUGAGAUUAGUAAAGAUGACUCUGAGGUGUUAUCAUUGUCACUCAGGAAAGACGCACAGUCUCACAGAGAGAAGUCACAACCAACAAGGAGCGCUAGAAGUAGAGCCACCGGGUUUGGAAGUGAUGAUGAAAUCAGUGAGUGCCUAAGUGAGAAAAGCCUUUCCGUUCAUAGCAAUGUCCAUUCUGAAAGGCUGCUAGAACUCAAGUCCCCUACUGAGCUGAUGAAAAGUAAGGAGCGCAGUGAUGUGGGACACGAGCAGGGUGUGGCCGAGUCCCUUUCCCUGCCUGCAGUUUCUGCUGCGGAUGAGCUACUGGACUUCCACAUUGGGGACCGGGUGUUGAUUGGCAAUGUUCAGCCAGGCACUCUUAGAUUCAAAGGUGAGACUAACUUUGCUAAAGGAUUUUGGGCUGGAGUAGAACUGGAUAAACCUGAAGGAAAUAACAAUGGAACAUAUGAUGGUAUUGUAUAUUUUGUGUGCAAAGACAAGCAUGGUAUUUUCGCUCCUCCUCAAAAAAUAUCUCACAUUCUAGAAAACUUUAAUGACUAUAUAGACAUAAGUGAAGUUGAAGAAUCUUACUCAGAUGGACAAUAUCAAUACUAUAAUCAAGAGCAGAAAGAUAUAAAAUGUCUAAACGACAGAGAAAACGAUAUAGCUGAAUAUUUUUGUGAGAAAUUGCUUCCUAGUAUGCAUAAUAUAGAAGCCUCAGUGGAUAAAGAUAGAAGCCUUAACAUAGUAACAGACAAUAAACUGGACGUGUCUGGGGACCCAGAAGCCCAUGUUCACCAACAGUCUUCAGCAGAUCCUCUGAUUCCCUGUAAGGAGAAAAAAGCCCUUGUUUCUGAUGCCACAGAAAAUGUUCCUGACACUUUUUCUGAAGAAUCAAAGCAACAGCAACUUGCAGAGAAGGAAGAGAACUUUUAUUCCCAAGUUUCAGAAAAGCCUUCUACUCCACUUCUGGAUCUCUUAACAAGAGAAAAAAAUCAACUAGAAGCUCAGCUGACGUCAUCAAUAAGUGAAGAAAAAAAGUCAAAGCAACAACUUGAAUCAGUCAGCUUGCUAACAGACAACUUACUAAAAGUGUUUGUGAAAGACACAGUUAGUCAACUACAACAAAUCAAAAAGACUAGGAAUGAGAAAAUCCAGCUUAGCAAUCAGGAGUUUCUUGACCAAACGAAAGUACCACCCCAAGACCCACCCCAAAAUACCGAGGAACAGUCACCCAGCAUUUCAAGUUGCUUUCUAAGGUCUGAAUUGGAAGAUGAAAAAGAAGAGAUUUCCUCUCCAGAUAUGUGUCCCAGACCUGAGAGCCCAGUGUUUGGUGCCAGUGGGCAGGAAGAGCUAGCUAAGAGACUUGCUGAACUUGAGAUCAGCCGUGAGUUCCUGAGCACAUUAGAUGACCAAGACUGGUUUGAUGAAGAUUUUGGUUUGAGCUCUUCUCACAAGAUCCAAAAGAGUAAGGCAGAAGAAACAAUUGUACCUCUAAUGGCAGAACCUAAGCGAGCAACUCAGAAGCCAUGUGAAACAUUAUUGGCAGUUCCCCAUACGGCAGAAGAAGUAGAAAGCCUUGUCCAUAAUGCAGCAGAGGAGCUUUGGAAAUGGAAAGAAUUAGGCCAAGACCUUCAAAGCCUCAGUAUUCCUACAAAAUUUUUUGGCUGUGCCAGUAAGGGUGUGGACAUAGAAAGCACUAGUAAAAGAGUCUACAAACAGGCGGUUUUUGAUUUAACAAAAGAGAUUUUUGAGGAAAUAUUUGCCGAGGAUCCCAACUUGAAUCAGCCUGUCUGGAUGAAACCAUGUAGAAUCAACUCUAGUUAUUUCCGACGUGUGAAAAAUCCAAAUAACCUUGAUGAAAUCAAGCACUUCAUAACAGCUGAAGCACUCAAGCUGUUCAGUCUUAAGAAGGAGCCAGACCACAAAACAGACUGGCAAAAAAUGAUGAAAUUUGGAAGAAAGAAGAGAGACCGAGUAGAUCACAUCCUGGUCCAGGAGCUCCAUGAGGAGGAGGCACAGUGGGUUAACUAUGAUGAGGAUGAGUUGUGUGUGAAGAUGCAGCUGGCUGAUGGGAUCUUUGAGACCUUGAUCAAAGAUACUAUUGAUGUUCUCAAUCAGAUCAGUGAAAAACAGGGGAGAAUGCUACUUGUGUGACAUCUUGCAAAUAAAUCGAACACUGAGUGCUAACAUGAGUCCUGGGCCUUUCUGCCUUCUGAUGUACACCCCAUCUCCACCAUAGCAAGAGUGCUUCAGGACCUUGAACCUGUUCUUGUGGACUGCUGGUUUGGAGUUCAUGGGACAAUGUGGUAUAUCUGGUAUUACAGCCUUUGCCUUUACAGACUGUCCACUGGAUUACAUGGUUCUUUCCCGUGGGCAGGGUUCUACUCUGAUGUUGAGCCUUGGUAUCACCGUACACCUCAUUAGCAACCAUGCCUACUAGGUCUCAGAUGAGGGCUGAGAACACCAGACUGACCCCGAGCUUAGACAAGGCUUGAGUCUCAUCAGGAAAGAGAGUUAUAUAGAUUUAUGUUUUAACUUUCAAAAUGUAAUCCUGGUCUAUACAAUGAAAGUCAUAAAUGGAUAUCCUAGUCUCUGAACAGUAUUAACCCCAUAACCACUUCUAAAAUAGGCAAAUUCAAGAUUGUCUGCCUAUUUCACAUCCUGGCGUUCAUUUCU